AUGAUUGCCUUUCAGGGGAGAAACGGGUGUUGUCUUUCUCUGAUGUGCUUGGGCGGAGAUUCCAAGGGGACUUACAGUUUCUACCAGUUACUCUUCGCGAAAGCCUUCCCCCUCCCUGCCGAAAAUUUUCUCAGGGAUUCACUUCUUCUUCUUCUGUUUUCGUUGCCUUCGUACUCGACUCUUGCCGGUGAGGCGCCUAACAACCCGUCUGGUGUGCCUCUUGUCGUGCUUCCUCCCCCCGCCCCCUCUGAGUGGCCAAAGGAAAAAUUGUUUCCAACCGCUAUCGCCAACGCAAGUUUGCCACCAGCUUCAUUACCAGAUUGUUACCUUUCUAGUGAAGAGGUAAUAAGUAUCCUUGAUGAAGAUACACACCAAUACGAAGGGACGUCUAAGCAGCCCAUCCUGAAUAAGGAUCCUACCGUGACCGGCCCAACAGAGCCACCGCCGGUCCACAAAGGUAAGUCUCCUGUUGUUUCGGAGACAUCUGAAUAUGAUGAACUCAUUGCCAGCUUCCAAGGCAAAAAUCUUUCUUCCAACUAUCCUUUCAUUCCUAAAUGGAAUCUCACUGACAAGACUCGUCUCUCCCAACAAGAAGUUGUUGCUGAGUUUUCACAUCAUGCCUUCCUUAAGGGAACUGUUUCUGAGAUGGAGGCUUUUACCGACGACCAAAAAAUUGAUUCUAUGGAAUUUGCUUAUGCUAAAACGCCUUUUUCCUCACUGCAGGGGCUCACCACAUUCGUCGUCUAA